AUGAAUUGUUGUUCUAUUUCAGCAUGUGGGUCUUCUGGUACGACAGUUGGUGAGUCGGAUCCCAAUUCUUUUAAGGACUAUGUAGGAUCGCAAUCAAAUGUGGGGUACUUGGUAGAGGACCCGGAUUAUCAAGUCGGUUGUUGUGGUAUUGUAAACAAAUGGGAGUUUUACGCUAAAAGAACCGGAAAUCUGGACUGCCAGAUCUGGAGGAAGACUUCAGCCAAUCAAUACACGCUAGUAGGCAAAAAUAGGAUAAAUCCCGGAUCCGUUAGAGAAUAUCUCUAUACAGUGCCACCAGCUGAUACCAUCAGUGUUAAACCAGGGGACUAUAUAGGAUGGUAUACCAGCACGACAGAAAUGGUCUCAUACAACAUAUUAAGUAGUUACCCGAUUCUCAACAGACGUAAAACCAGCCUGGGGGACAAGAAUACGGGGGACAUUGUAGACUGGAGUAAUGUCAACCCCCAGUCUACCGGAAGUAACCGCCAAUACGCCAUCAGAGCCAUCGUCAAACGAGGAAACACUCCACAGUUUUCUUUCGGGACUUCCACUACCGUGACUGUUCCGGAAUCCACGACUUCCGGUGCUGCGGUGUACGUGUUCACUGUGACGGACUCUGACUCCCAGGACACACUGACCAUGGAGCUCGUCUCCACGGACAACUCUUUCUUUAGUCUCGAUGUUACAAACAAACAAAUCGUAACUACACAAGCCGACAUACCUGACCAGGCUGCUUACGUCAUGAAGGUCAAAGUGUACGACGAUUGCCGUCUAACACAGACAGGAACCGUAACUUUGACAGUCCCGAACACGGCAUUGACGAUUGAUAAUCUGCCGAGCACGGGGUCAGUAGACGAAGAGGAAACCUCCGAACGGAAGUUGCUAGAUUUAACCGUCACGGAACCGAACGAUGGGUACACGUGCACGCUAACUACUUCCAGUGUACCAUUCAUCGUAAAACAAGUCAACACGGCAAAUCCAACGUAUGGCGUGUACUUGAUAGACUGGCCCCAGCUGAACUAUAACACACGUUCUAGUUACAGCCUUAGUAUUCAGUGUGAGGACGGAUUGGCGACGGCCAGCGGAACAUACACGGUGACCGUCAACAAAAACAACAAUCCUACCAUUGACAACACCAACUGGAUUGUUUCCCUUGAUGCACUAACGGCUAAAACGAGUGACGUCAUAUUCACUGUGAGUACAACAGACGCAGACAGUCCACAAGUGACGUACUCUAUUUCAUGUACACCCACUGGAUGUCCAUUUGAUAUCUUAAACUCUGGAAAAGUAGUUUUAACUGAUCGUCUGCUUCGACACUCCAGAGCAGGUUAUAAUGUUGACGUCACAAUCUCAGACGGACGAAAUACAGUUGGGCCAAGAACCAUUGAUGUAACAAUAUCUAAUAUAAAUGAUGACCCUGUUUUAUCAAACCUUCCUACGUCCGUCAACGUUUUGGAGAACUCGGCCCUGGGAACUUCGGUUUUCCAAGCUUCUGCAACCGACACAGAUUCGUCCGAUCCCAAGGUGUUUCGAGCAUCCUUUAAUAAGGAUUGGGCUGACAAGUAUUUCAGAGUAGACAGUUCAACUGGUAUAGUCUAUACCUCCAGCAGUAAUAACAUAGACUACGAUAUUCUCCCCAACCCUCCCUCAUUCCUAAUAUACAUCACAGUGACAGACGGCAAAUGGUAUGACACAGAACACUUGUCCAUUCAGAUUCAGAAUGUGAACGAGGCUCCGGUGUUCUCCCAGUCUCACUACUCCACCUCAAGGACAGAAGGAUCGGAUGGUAGUGCCUUUCCUACACCGAGGUAUAACGUUUUGGACCCAGACAGUGGCAGUGGUGAUACAAAAACGUAUUCUUUAGACUGUGGCAAUGAUACCUAUCGGUUUUCAAUUGCAUCAGGUACUGGAACGAUCAGCUUUAAAGGUGAUUAUACACUUGAUGAUGGUACCUCACCGGAAGAGGUAAACUGUACCGUGAUAGUCACUGACACUGCGGGGCUGAGCGAUACUUGUGACGUAACACUUCAUAUUCGUCACAACAACGAUUUCUCUCCUUCAUUUCCCUAUUCCAGUUACGCCUUUACCGUUCAGUCGUAUGAAAUUGUUGGGAAAAUAGUGCAAACGAUACAAGCUGUUGAUCAAGAUCUUUCUUCACACAAUCACGGCAAAUACUCCUAUUCUCUAUCGCCUAGCACACGUUUUGACGUACUACAAAAUGGAAGCAUAUACAUUAAAGACCUCAGUGGCCUCUAUAAUACUGCAGCGACGAUAACACUAACACUAACAGCAACAGAUCUGGCGAGCCGCUCGACGUCAGUUCCGGUAGUAAUAACCAUUCCAAAAUAUUUCACCACGGAUUCUCCGUAUUCUACAGACCGUCCUUAUUCCUUCUUGGAGAAAUCCACCGAUAUGGCGUGGUUUGUCCCAGCUAUGGUCGGAAGCUUUUUCUUUGUGACUUUUUUAGGCUUUUCUUGCUAUUUAUGCUCUGUGGAUUGCAAAUGCAGAAAACCAAGGUGUGAUUGCUGUAAAAGGAAGAAAGUAUGGCGACCUAAACCUGUUCAGGUGGUGUUGCCUAAACCGAGAGAACUACCUGCAGAAAGACCGAAGCCUAAGGAACCUCCCCCAAAGCCUAAACCUGUGAAAGAAAAACCCGCUCCAAAACCGGAAGUACCGCCUCCAAGAGUACGCUCCCCUGUGGAGGAGAGAAUUGAUGUCACGUCACCAAUAUAUAGAGUGUCUCCACAUCCAAAACCAAAUAGAGAUUUUGAAACGAAAGCACCAGCUCCCGCAAAUCAGUUCAGCCCACCUCCACCAUACUUCUCUAGACAAGGGACGAUAACUGCAGAAGUGCACAACUCAGACAGGGGGUGGACUAAUUACUCUUCUGAUGAUCACAGUACAUAUAGAAGUAACCAAAUCCAUCACAGAGACGGAGUAAGCGAGGAUCAUCACUUUGUUGAGAUUGAGGAAGAGAAAAUACAGAAACCAAAAAAGACAUAUGAAUUCUGGACAGAUAUGACAUACAAUUAG